AUGCAGAUCUUCGUGAAGACGCUGACCGGGGAGACCAUCACGCUGGAGGUGGAGUCCUCGGACGCCGUCGGCAACGUCAAGGCCAAGAUCCACGACAAGGAAGGUAUCCAGCCGGACCAGCAGCGCCUCAUCUUCGCCAGGAAGCAGCUUGACCACGGCCGCACCCUGGCAGACUACAACAUCCACAAGGACUCCACCCUUCACCUCGUCCUGUGCAUCAUCGGCGGGGACAAGGGCUCCUGUUACCCGUCCAAGAUGGAGCCGAACCUGCUUGCGCUUGCCCUCAAGUACAAUCAGCAGAAGCUCGUCUGCCGCAAGUGCUAUGCGCGUCUACCCCUCAGGUCUGCCAACUGCCGCAAGAAGAAGUGCGGCCACAGCAAUGACAUCCGGCCCAAGGAAAAGCUCCGCUACCAUGACUGA